CUUGCAUGUGAAAUAAACUGGUCUCAAUCGAGUCGUCGCAAUCCCAAAUUACACCGCCAAAUUUACUUCCUUUCAGUGUCCCAUCCCUCGAAGCUUGUUAUACCAAUGAUACGCCAUAGGUGAUUCGGACAUCCCUCGCCAGCUCUUACUCUAUCGUCCUCAAUCCUUCCCGUACCAAGCUGACACGGAACACGCACCCACCAUGGUCUCCCAUCUCAUCACCACCACUCUCCAAGCCGCGUUCCUCUCCGCCGUGUCCAAUCUCGCCGCGCAAGGGAUAAAGGCCUAUCGAGAAUCUCUCCCUUUCAGUGUCAAGCUCGCCCCCUUGGCGCAGUUUGUCGUCUUCACCUUCAUCUCCUGCCCACCCAACAUCCUCUGGCAAGAAUACCUCGAGUACAAGUUCCCCGGGUACACGAUCGCACCCAUCUCCCCUUCCACCACGUCCUCCUCUCCGAACGCCGCCGGCACGCAACUCCACAUCCCCAACACGCUCCGCAAAUUCCUCUUCGACCAGACCCUCGGGGCGUUCGUGAACACGGUCGCCUUCGUCGCCGCGAUGGCGGCCUUCAAGGGAAAGUCGGCCAAGGCCGUGCGGCGAGAAGUGGAGAGGGAUGUCAUCCCGUUGAUGAUCAGCAGUUGGAAGCUGUGGCCCAUUGUGGCCUUGCUGAAUUUCACUCUCGUGCCCGUGAACAGGAGGGUGAUUGUGGCCAGCGUCGUGGGCUUGUUCUGGGGCAUUUAUUUGAGCUUGUUUGCCGCCUUGGAUUAAAGUACAGAGGGAAAGACUUGUUUUGUGUGACAAUAUGAGGCUUUUGGUCUUGAGAAAACGCAAGUGGACAUACAAAUGAGGUACAGCUUGCAAGAUAGGUGGAUAUCGUGCUGCGCAUUGACCAAGCAUCAGCGACGUCGAGAAGUCUCGGGCAGGAGUUCUCAAGAGUAAGGAGAAAGGGCUUGACACGAUCAAGGGGAAUCAAGAAAAGAGCAUACCGCCCACUCGAAUCUGACAAGAGAACCACGAGAGAACAACUCACUUCCUAGGGGAGACAAGAGUGCGCUUUCCUCGAGCCCUGCUCCCCUUUUUAAGUAGUCACCCGACAGAAACGCUUCUCUACGCCUCCUAUCGAGCUAGAGUACAAGAAAACGACGCCAUUUGGCCCGAUAGAAAGAAAUCUACACCAGAAGCCAUCGACACCGGAAUAGACAAACUGGCAGGGACAAGGAAGCGGUGGCCGGGAGAAGAAAAACACAACAACCACAACAAUUCUUCAUGUCGCAGCUCUGCCACUUCGAGAUGGUUCAUGUGUAAGAGCCGUUUUCGAACCUAUCGAACGUUUCCGUCCCGCUCCUCGCUCGCUCGUCUCCGAAGAUCCAACAGCACGGGAAGAAGCAGAUGGAUGGACCCCCGGAGGACUGUCGAAAAAUCCCCUUCGUUCUCCUUUCUCGCGGGUUUCAGACAGGUAUGGCUGGGAACAAUUGGGCUAUAUUCAGUCUUUGUUGAGGAAGAAGAGGUGCCCGGCCUUCCGUGGCAAGUUCAAAUAAACAAAACAGGAUAUAAAGGAGCAAAAUUCGAAGAAUAGAUCUUCAUGUUCAGUCCCCAGAAGGUUCAUAUGUCUCGUGAUUGAAUUUUAUAUAUAGAUAUCCUCCGGAGAACUCCAGCAGGUGACAGUGGGUAUGAAACAUAAAUGCAGAGUGAAAGCCACCAAAUGAAAGUGUGAAAUCCUCGAAUCGGGCAGGGGAAACCCAA